CGGACUUGACACAUCUGUGUUCAGUACAGCCAGUGCUGAACUGUUAUGAUGUGUCAAUAAGUUAAAAAGGUGGACGGUACCAACGAUGAGAGGGCCCCCCCGGUACCUGAGCGGGAUAGCAGAGGUCAUCGUCAUUGCAUGACAAAGGCUGUGGCAGAUUCAUCUUCAUCACUCAUACAGCAUUUCCAUAGCUUUUUCUUCUGUGUGGUAGUACCAUGAAGGGUGGAGGAAGGGGCAAGGAGCCACCUGUUGCAGGGGAGGUCACUGGCAAGCGUCCCAAACGCAAGUGCCUGCAGUGGCAUCCACUUCUCUCCAAAAAGGCUCUGGAUUUCUCUGAGGAGGAGGAAGAGGAGGAUGAAGAGGAGCUGGAGAAGCAGCCAGUGCUGUGUGGCCAGGACCAGGAGUCACAUGUGCAGUGUGCAAGCACAACAGGGGAAGUGGAGGAGGACUCGAGUGAACAGCGGGCACGGCGGCCGAUGAAUGCCUUCCUCCUCUUCUGCAAACGCCACCGCUCCCUGGUGCGGCAGGAACAUCCACGCUUGGAUAACCGCGGGGCCACCAAGAUCCUGGCUGACUGGUGGGCUGUGCUGGAGCCCAAAGAGAAGCAGAAAUACACUGACAUGGCCAAGGAGCCUCUCGUCAUGAGUAGAUGCACGCUUCCUGAUAUGCUUGGUGGGAGCAGUUUCAUGGAAAUCUUGAGAACCGGAUCACCAUUUCUGAAAAGAGACUUUAGUGUUCACGGCUCCAGACUAACUUUUCCACAGUACAAGGAUGCAUUUAUGAAGGCAAACCCGGGCUAUAAGUGGUGUCCCACCACCAGCAAACCAGUUAAGAGCCCUUCCGGUCAGCCAGUCAGCAACCCCCGCAAAAAAGUUUGGUCCUUCUCUUCCAACUCAACUAAGGACUCCUCCACUGCCAAAAAAGUGCCCAAAACUGACAGCAUGCCACAGUUAAACUUUGCCAUGGCAGAUCCUACAAAGAUGGGAGGCCUUAGCAUGCUGCUGUUAGCUGGGGAACAUGCCCUUACAAACAGAGAGAUCCCUUCCACCACUAAACCUAGUUUACCUGACACAGCCAGCGAAGGGAACUCCUUUCCAGGGGAUGAGGAAGAGAUGUUGUCUGGGACAAUACCGAACAGAGUGCCUGACCUUACUGAGACCAGGGUGAAGUGUGCCUCUUCCACACUGGCCGAGUCAUCUCUCUCUGCGGCACCUGAAGGAAAACCCUGCAGACAGUCUGCUCUCUUCCAGCUUGCUGAGAUGUGCUUAGCGUCUGAAGCUGGAAAGAUGGACUCCGCAGUGUCUCGGCAGCCUGAGGACAGCUCCUCUACAGCCUCUCUCCAGCAAACCACAAUCAAGCCAGAGAUCAAGGAGGAGACACAAGACAGAGAGGACUGUCCCUCAUCGGCCCCCUCACCUUCGCUCUCCUCUGUCACUUCUACCUCCACUCAUGCCAUCCCCCCACAACUCUGCAGCCAAAACGCACGUGUCAAAAACAAGAGCAAGAAAAAAGAGGUGGCUAAGUCCAACAAUACCGAUGAGACCCCAUGCCAGGCAAAGAAGAUCUUCAAGAAGUGUAACCCGGCGGUGUCAAGCGUGGACAGUGUCUUCAGUACGAUCGAGGCAGUGGCCAAAGGGGCCUGGAAGGACACGGAGGAGAAGCCCAAGAAGAAGAUCCAGGGCAGUCCUACUGGUGGGAACUCAGGUGUGCCCAAAAAGAAAAGUAAGCCCAAAGUCAAGGCCUUAGUCCAAGACAAAGAGGAGGAGAUGGAAGAGGACAGCGGGCAGUGUGGGCAGCACAGUGCCUCUGAGGUGGAAAUGACAGAAGAGGCGAGUGAUGUCAGUCCCAAGACACAGGCAGACGAAGCGGGUAUAGGAAGCACAGACCUGCAGGGCAGCAUGGCAGAGCCCCACCUGUCCCCCUGCAGCCCCUCCCCUGCUAAGCUCAAAGAGGAAGACAAGGGAAAGGAGAGGUCGAGUGAAGGAACCUGUGACUCCAACACAGAGAGCCAUGGCUCCCGGAAGUCAGAGCGGAGCUGUAAAGGCGCCCUGUACAAAACCCUGGUUUCUGAGGGAAUGCUGACCUCACUGAGAGCCAACAUCGACCGAGGUAAAAGAGGUGCUCUCCGUGCCUCCGAUCAUGAUGCAAACUGGAGUGAUGACAGCUGGACAGUUUCUCAGAUAGGACCUAAUAACCCCAAGAAGCUGAAGAAGUCCAAGUCCAAAGAAGAAUGUUCACAAGGCCUAGGGAAACUGGAGGAGGAGUUUGAAAGGAAGUUUAACAGUCUGCCACAGUACAGCCCAAUGACGUUUGAUAAGAAGGGGGCCGCUGUCACAAAGAAGAAGAAGCCCGACAGCGCCGUCGUCCAAGAGGACGUCUCUAAAGCCGGGAAAGGGCCAUCUCCAUCUCAGAAAAAGACUUCAUUCCACAAGAUUGUUAGGAAGCACAAACACAAAAAGGAGAGACCAGGUGCAGUGGACAAAGCGGCGGCACAGAGUGACUCCACGACGCUGGAUUCAGCUUCAAGAGCCAAACCGUGUGCCCCCGUUGCCAUAAUGUGCCCAGACAUCCAGGGCGCCGCUAGUAUGGAGAUGCUAGUUGGUAGCCAGAAGAGGAAGGCCAGGAAGACCAAGAUCACACACUUGGUGCGCACAGCUGACGGCAGUGUGUCUCCGGUCGAGGAGGACAAAACUAGGGACCUGAACCAGGAAGAGGAUAAGAAGCCAUUACCACAACAGAAUUUAUGCAAUGAAAAAGGGUGCCACAGUAAUCCCGGAGCAGAGGAGGAAGAGGAGGAGGCAGAGAGGAGCGCUGCACCACAAGAGCUACCUGCUUUCUUCAGCCUGGCAGCCCUCGCUGAGGUAGCAGCCAUGGAGAAUGUUCACAGAGGCCAGAGAGGCUUGGCUGAGAAUCAGACGAAGGAGCUGGCCCAGACUCCAGUCCUCAUCUCCUGCGCUGAUCAGUGAAACUCUGCUGCUGCGAUGAGAAGCCACAACAUGGACAUUGGCAGUGGAGCUUUACUACCUACAGUGAAGGGAGACUCCAUCAGGAAGCUUUGGACAGACUCCACCUCACCCUUGUGGUGAAUUUGCUCGAGCCGGGUUCAUGGUGGGGGAGAGAGCCCCUCUCCUCCUCCCUGCUCCUCGCUAUCUCAGUGUUUCCCCAGAAAGCCUUCCUUUGGUUUGAGUGAGGAUGCCUUUCUGAACUCCUCUCACCCCCUUAGAUGCUCCGUUUGGGCCUGUGGAAGAAGCACGCUGUCCCCCAGUGCAUGGCUUCCCGUAUAGAGAUGGUUGUCAUGGGUUUAUUGUACACCGUUUUGUCAAAUAGAGGCCAUUUUUUCAGUAAAGUCUUGCGAUUUAAGAAAUAAUAGCAUUUUAGGUUGGGUAAAAGAUCCAACACUGCAUUGGUUUUUUUUAUAGACAAACACAGCUUUCUGUCACCUUUUUACCUCACACACACACACGCCUACUGAAUAGCUCCCUCCUCCUCGGGUAGAAUACCUCUGUAUUUGAAUAGUUCUGAUCCUUUCCAUUCCUUCCAGCUUCGACCCAAAAUGACUUUAACCAGGGUAAAUGAUCAUGAUGGACAGACUUCCAUUAACAACCACUGGCUGAGGGUGUCCCUGUGGUACACUAAUCUACCAAUAAUUCAUGGUUGAGUAUUUGAUAUGUAAGUUAUGAUGCUACUGUAAAACAGUGUGUGGUAGCUACAAAUAAUCAUGUUAGACUGGAUGUAUAAGAGUAGACCUGUGAGCUCCAGGUGACUAGAGCUGAGGGUGUUAGUUGUCCUGCUUAUCCUUUAGUGCUCGGUUCACCGUGUCCCCGUCAGGCUUAGGAGACAGUAGGUCGGCUUUGAAACCUCUUUUGUGAUGGUGAGGUUGUGUAAAAGUGAUUCAAAUAUAGCCUUAUCCCUCCCACCCAGACCUAGGACCAGCUUCUUGCUGGACGCCAUGUCAAUCCUAAAGUCAGUGUAAUCAUUUUAAAUAGUGAAAUGCAGUUUUGUCAAUACUUGAUCUUAUUGCAGUUUGCGUAGCAAUUAGAAAGGAUAAUUCCUUGUGUGCAACUUAUUUCAUGGAAUAGGUGUUUUUAAUGACAUAAACACUGCACUAAUUUGUAGCUGAAGUUUGAGUUGCUCUGGGAAGGGUAAUAGGAUGCCUUGUCUCCACCAGUCCCAGUGUUCUAGCACCAUAGUGUCUUCCCCAUCCUCAGGACCUGGCUAAAGACAGCCUCAGGCUCCAACAUAGAACAUCAUCCAAGUGGAAUAUUUGUGUCAUGAAUUAGUUUUAUACUACAUGUCUCAUCAAAUGAGUUAUUUGAAAAAAACAAUACAGGAGAACAACAAUAUUGGUUGAAAUCCAACGGCUAUGCUAUGCUUCCUCACAGAGCUGAUGGAGACAAGGCAUUUGAUAACAAAUUCCCCUCUUUUGUGCUAUUGGCCUUUUGAGAUUUUAUUGCCAAGUAAAGGUCUACUCAGAGGUCACAUGUAAUCAAUGUUUAGAAGUAUUUAGAUGCAACUCUGUGUCCUUUUUUGUUUGGCUUUGUUUUGUUAAUGUUUGGUCCGAAUCAUUCCAUUUCCAUGCCUCUGUCAUGGCCACACGCUUGUUUCCAGUGACCCAACUGUAGGAGUGAGGGAAAUCAGGAAGGAUGCAGUUAAACUGCAGGUCUGUGCUUUCCCCAAGAAGCUGGAAGAGCUGCAUGGAGGGUAACCAAGAGCUGAUACCCCUCACCUCCUUCCCAAGCAGCCUUUUGUUCCUCUGUGUAGACCAAUACUUAAUUUAUCACAUUUUAGAUUCACAGUACUUUUAUAGCUUUUUGUUUUCUAUUUAACCAUUCUUCUGUGUAUGCGUUCAUAAUGCUCUUUUUACUAGGUCCUCUUUAUGCUUUUUCCUGAGGUCAAGUUUACUGGAUUAAGAAUGUUGUGGAAAAAGAUCCAGCUCAAAGACGGUGAAUGCAUCUAUGCUUAGCUGCUAAGCAAACGGGCACUGAGAUGAAAUGCACAGUCUUCUCACCUCUGGAGGUGUGUAAUUGACUGCGACUGCAUCACCGCUUCUUGGAUAUGUGUCGGGACGUGUGCAGAGUUCUUCUGGACACUGAACGACAGGACAGAUAAGAAAUGAAUGGGUCUUCGAGAGCUCUUGCGUCUCGAAAUAGGACAUUUUUCCUACAUGGUAAUAAUGUUUUGCUGAUGUAGGCCCUGCUGUGUGCAAAUAGUACAGUACAUGCGACACAUCUAUAAUUCCUCUUCAAAUUUGUCCUUAUUAUCUCACAAACUAACUGCUAAUGUUUCCCAGGUAAGCUUAAGGAAAUCAUGUUCUGCUUAAUGAUAAUCCUAAUAAUAAAUGGUAUAUCUAUUUUUUUCAGAUACGAGAAGGAUGGUAUCAUCCAAGCAGUAAACUGUAUAGUUCUUCCACUGGUGGACAUCAGUGUAGUUCUUUGCAAAGACAAAUAACUUGUCUUCCCCCAAGAUAGAGAUAUAUUUGCUUAUAGCAAGUGAGUUUAAAGACAUUUGCCAAAGAAAAGGGAAAGUUAUAUUCAAAUGAAAAUAACACACAAAAAGAACAAGUAAGAAAGCUGGCAUAACAGUUGCACUGCAUUUCCUAGCUGUGUAAAUCUUCAGGUAACAAUAUCAGCACAAUUCAUCCUGUGUAUCCAGUGGGAUGUCCUUGGUGUUUGAGCUCAGAGUUGGAAUGAAGUGCAACCAUAAAGCACCACUCAAUGCCUCUUUUAUGAUACAGUAUUUGCACCUUAUGUCCCAAACCAAAAUGAUCAUGGUCUUUGAAGAUAAGAUAUCGUUUUUACCCACUCUAUGAAAAUUAUGCAUUUUAACUAUGCGAGAAUCCAGUCAAUAACAAAUCCACACCCACAUCUACCAAACAGCCAUAAUAUACUGUCAUCUCCCAUCCCCUCACUUUUUCUAUCUAGAAAAUGCUUCUAUAAAGUGAAAUUCCUAUAUUAGUUACCUAAAUGACUAUAAUACCCUUUUGUGCUAGUACUGUCUUCUUGAAUGUAAUCAUUUUGUACCUGUAUUUUUCUAAUUCAGUCUUGAUUGUACUGUAUGUAUGCUAUGAUGGUAUACUGUUCCUUCGGUGCAUAGUUCGUUACAACAGACAGUUCUCAUGACAGGAUAGCUGCUGUGCUGCGAACUCAAUGGAAACGUGUGGAGGUUUUAAGUCCAAAGGACUUCCUGUACCGUUUGAGCAUUCAUGAGACUGAUAAUGGAGAGAUUAUUGCAUUUUGAGUGGUGGGACAAACGUUUUCCCUGGUUUGCUACUUCUUUUCUUUAUUUUUUUUUCCCUUUGCAGUAGAAGUGAAAGUCUGGUCAGGACAGUUUAUAAAACGAGGACGCUCCUGCAAUCAGAUAGAACAAUUGAAUGCUUGAGUUUCAACUUAUUUAUUACUGUUCCUUUUUAUAGGUUUAGUUAAAUAAAAAAAUCAAUAAAAUAUACAACUGAAUAUGCAUCUAUUUAUACAUGAACGUGUAUAAGAUAACCUACCCUUUACUGGAAUGUAGAUCGCGGCUUCCUUUUGUUUCUUUUUUGUAACAAGGUUAUGCCAGAUCUUUAAAGUCUCUUUCCUCUGAUAGUUUGUACAACCUGUGCUUAAUCUAAUUUAUGCUACUGAUGAUCAUUAAGACAAAUGUGUUUCUUUGAUUGUUACCGCCCAGUGGUUAAAUGCAGCCUUGCCUUACUGGAACCCCUGCUUAGUGAGGGAUCCCUCAGCCACCUUACCUCCCCUCCCACAACUAUGUCAUAACACUGUUUGCUGAUGCAACUAUUAUUCCUUUUACACUUUCUGCUGACGCUACUAUUACUUCUUGAACACCUAUUAAAAUAACAUCUAUUGCAUCUGUGUGAAAAGA